AUGGAGAAUUUGGAGACGGAAGUAGCAGAUUAUGUUAGUAGAAGUCGUAAAGAAAAGCAAAACAUCACUAUCACUUUCAAACCAGAAGAGCAACAACUGUUACGUGUUAGUUGUACUCCAAAAAGUCUGGCAGAUUCCAGCUGUGUUGGGGUAGAGGAGCACCAUGCUGUUGACAUUGAUCUGUAUCACUGUCCCAACUGUGCAAUUCUCCACGGACCUUCUCUAAUGAAAAAGAGGAGGAACUGGCACAGACAUGACUACACAGAGUUGGAUGAUGGUUCCAAACCAGUGCAGGCUGGAACACGGACCUUCGUUAAACAGCUGCGGGCUCGCUCUUUCCCAAGUGCUGAUGAAGUCAUUUUGAAAAUGCAUGGAAGCCAGUUGACACAAAGAUACUUGGAGAAACAUGGGUUUGACGUUCCCAUUAUGGUUCCUAAAUUAGAUGGUCUGGGGCUCCGACUUCCUCCGCCAACUUUCUCCGUUUUAGAUGUGGAACGCUAUGUAGGUGGCGACAAAGUGAUAGAUGUAAUAGAUGUAGCAAGACAAGCAGACAGUAAAAUGAAGCUCCAUAAUUAUAUUAAAUAUUUCACAAAUCCUGACCGACCAAAGGUAUUGAAUGUGAUCAGCCUGGAAUUCUCGGACACAAAGAUGUCUGAAUUAGUGGAAGUACCAGAUAUUGCCAAAAAGCUUUCAUGGGUGGAAAAUUAUUGGCCAGAUGAUUCUGUCUUCCCUAAGCCUUUUGUUCAGAAGUAUUGCUUGAUGGGUGUCCAGGACAGCUAUACUGAUUUUCAUAUUGAUUUUGGAGGAACGUCAGUUUGGUACCAUGUUCUCUGGGGUGAGAAGAUAUUCUAUUUGAUCAAGCCCACUGAUGAAAAUUUGGCUCUAUAUGAGUCUUGGAGUUCAUCUGUCACCCAGAGUGAAGUGUAUUUUGGGGACAAGGUUGACAAAUGUUACAAAUGUGUUGUGAAGCAAGGACACACUUUAUUUGUUCCAACAGGUAAGAUUUACCCUUAUUACUAG